AUGUCAUUGGGGAAGUCCCCUGGGUUGGGGGUGCGCCCCGUACCCCGACCCCGACCUCUCCUGCUGUCUCACCUCGGCCUGCUGUGCGUGUGUCUGUCCCUCUUCACCCAUGCCACCCAGGGCUUGCCCAUGGUGGGGUACAACACGGACUCCAAGAGGGAGAUCAAGGUAGAAGGAGACCUGAUGAUUGGCGGGCUGUUCCCUGUGCACCAGAAGGGCGAGGGCACGGAGGACUGCGGGAAGAUCAACGCUCAGAGAGGCAUCCAGAGACUGGAGGCUAUGCUGCUGGCCCUGGAUGAGAUCAACAAGGAUGAGCACAUCCUGCCUGGGAUCAGAUUGGGGGCUCACAUCCUGGACACCUGCUCGAAGGACACUUACGCGUUGGAGCAGUCGCUGGAGUUUGUCAGGGCCUCCCUGACCAAAGUGGAUGACAGUGAGUACACCUGCCCCGAUGGCUCCUACGCCAUCCACGACGACGUUCUGGCCAUCUCAGGAGUGAUCGGGGGCUCCUACAGUGACGUGUCCAUUCAGGUCGCCAACCUGCUCCGCCUAUUCCAGAUCCCUCAGAUCAGCUAUGCCUCCACCAGUGCCAAGCUCAGCGAUAAGACCCGCUACGACUACUUCGCCCGUACCGUGCCCCCCGACUUCUACCAGGCCAAGGCCAUGGCCGAGAUCCUGCGCUACUUCAACUGGACCUACGUGUCGACAGUGGCGUCAGAGGGCGACUAUGGCGAGACGGGCAUCGACGCCUUCCAACAGGAGGCCCGCGCCCGUCAUAUCUGCAUCGCCACCUCUGCCAAGGUGAGCCGCUCCAUGAGCCGCUGGAGUUACGAGAAUGUGAUUCGCUCCCUGCAACAGAAGUCCAACGCCAAGGUGGUCAUCCUUUUCACGCGCAGCGAAGAUGCCCGCGAGCUGCUGGUGGCGGCCAACCGGAUGAACGUCACCUUCACCUGGGUAGCCAGUGACGGCUGGGGAGCCCAGGAGAGUGUGGUGAGGGGCAGUGAGGCCGUGGCAGACGGGGCCUUCACCAUUGAGCUGGCAUCCUACCAAAUUAUCCAGUUCAACGAGUACUUCACUGGCCUGCACCCAUACAACAAUACAAGGAACCCGUGGUUCAGAGAGUUCUGGGAGAACCAGUUCCAGUGCAGCCUCCAUGACCUGGGCUGUGGCAAACACUCGCUGCGGGAAGUCCCUUUUGAGCCAGAGAGCAAGAUCAUGUUCGUGGUUAAUGCCGUCUAUGCAAUGGCUGCCGCUUUGCACAACAUGAGGCAGGCACUGUGUCCCAACUCCACCAAGGUCUGUGACGCUCUCAAACCAGGCAAUGGUAGGAAAUUUUACAGGGACUACAUUCUCAAGGUCAAGCUCGAUGCACCCUUUCGGCCAGCAGACACAGACAAUGUUGUUCGCUUUGAUGCCUUUGGAGACAGUCUCGGUCGCUACAACAUUUUCCAUUACCACAAAGAGGGCGGACGCUACGUCUACCGCAAGGUGGGCUACUGGGCUCAGAGCCUGAGCCUUAACACCAGCCGGAUCCAUUGGAUGGGCCAAGCUGCACCCACCUCCCAGUGCAGCGACCCCUGCAGGAAGAACGAGGUGAAGAGCAUGCAGCCCGGCGAUGUGUGUUGUUGGAUCUGUAUCCCCUGUCAGUCCUACCAGUACCUGCAAGAUGAGUUCACCUGCGCUGACUGCAGCUUCGGUCAGUGGCCUCUGGCCAACCUGACAGGCUGCUACAACCUGCCAGAGGAGUACAUCCGGUGGGAAGAUGCAUGGGCUAUUGGCCCCGUUACCAUAUCCUGCCUGGGUAUAAUGUGUACGCUCUUCAUCAUCGGCCUCUUUCUCAAGCACAACGAGACACCCGUGGUGAAGGCCAGCGGACGUGAGCUCUCCUACAUCCUCCUGCUGGGGGUGCUGAUGUGCUAUAGCAUGACCUUCAUCUACAUCGCUAAGCCCUCCACGGCGGUGUGCACACUCCGCCGGCUAGGACUGGGCACAUCUUUUGCCGUGUGCUACUCAGCCCUGCUGACCAAGACCAACCGUAUUGCUCGCAUAUUCAGCGGCGUGAAGGACGGAGCCCAGAGGCCCCGGUUCAUCAGCCCCGCCUCCCAGGUUGCAAUCUGCAGUGCUCUGAUCUCAUGCCAGCUGGUAGUGGUGGUGGUCUGGCUCCUGGUGGAGACCCCGGGGGUCAGGAAGGAAGUAGGCCCGGAGAGGAGAGAUGUGGUCACCCUCAAGUGUAACAGCAAGGACUCCAGCAUGCUCAUGUCCCUCACCUACAACUGCAUCCUCAUUAUUCUCUGCACCGUCUACGCCUUUAAGACCCGCAAGUGCCCGGAGAACUUCAAUGAGGCAAAGUUCAUCGGGUUCACCAUGUACACCACCUGCAUCAUCUGGUUGGCCUUCCAGCCGAUCUUCUAUGUCACCGCCAGUGACUACAGGGUGCAGACCACCACCAUGUGUAUCUCUGUCAGUCUGAGUGGGUCGGUGGUGCUGGGCUGCCUUUUUGCUCCUAAGGUCCACAUCAUCCUGUUCCAGCCCCAGAAGAAUGUCAGCACGCUGAGGGUGGCCACCACUCGCUUCAGUGUCACCACUGGCCCCGGCUCCAGUUUCUCUCAAGUAUCAGCCUCCAACGUUGUUCCAACAGUGUGUAAUGGGCGGGAGGUGGUGGAUUCCACAACUUCGUCCUUGUGA